AUGGCCAGUCCAGAUAUCGAUAUCGACGCAGAUGCCCUGGUAAUACAAAGCCUUUAUUUCCUCCUGCGACAGUCGGAGAGGAAAGCUUUCGCGCUGAUGGAAUUGGAGAGCGAUUUGAGCGGUGUGGCUUUCGAACUGCGUCAGUCACGAGACAACAAAGCAUUCGAAGUGGACCGUCUGCUUUACAAAGCCGGUAGGGACGGAGGUGAAGCCUUUGAAGAAAAGUUCAAUCAAGCCUGCGAAGACUAUGUUGCGCUGUUCACCGAGUAUAAAGCUGUGGCAGAACGCCUAGUGGCAAUCGAAAGGCAGACAGGCCCGAUGAAGGAGGACAGAAGAAGGAUUGUCGAUGCUUUAGCAAGAAGGGUCACGGCGCUCAUGCUGACUCACGGCAAGCGAGAAGUGGACAAGCUAUUCGAAAUGCCGCCAUGUGACAAAACCGAAGAUGAUGAGUUGGUCCGCAGAUGGACUAUGUGA